UCAGAUUAAAUACCUGCAGAGCAAGAGCAGAAAGCUCAGUUCAACUCCUGGAUCUGCUGCUGGUUGGGUGGUGGGGGGGGUAGUGAAGUAGGGUUUACUGUGGGGAAUAUUACUGGGGGGUACUUUUGGAUUUCUUUAUCGUCGCCGUGACCUCAUACUGUUUCAGAAAAGUAACCUUUCGUAAGGAAUAAAUCAAAGGGGGACUUUUUUUUCCUCUGAGUAAUUUAUGCAGAUAACAUCCUUCGGAAUACCAGAGUGGGUGCCGUUUGACUCCAGCAUGCUCUAGUUUAUCCAGUCCAAGGGCGAUUGUCUCCUUGUUUUCCAUUCCGCUCACCAUCACUUGCACAGUUAUGAACUGCACGAAAGUCCUACAUGUCUUUGGUGGCCAUUCCGUUCCCCAACCAGUGAUGCCUGUGGAUCUGGCCAUGCGUCUGUGUCUAAGUCAGUCCCAACCACUGUGCCACCUGCUUGGGGUGACCUCUCUUAAACCCCUGCGGCCCUGCCUCAACCCCCGCACCUCUCAGCAACUGGACCAGCAUUUGUGUCGGCCCGCUAGCCCGUCCCCCUCCGAGCGACCCGCCACGCAGAGCAGUGGCAUCAGUGGUGACGGCACCACCACCAAAAAGAAGCGCGUGGUGUUUGCCGACUCCAAGGGUCUGUCGCUGACUGCCGUCCGUUUCUUCUCCGAGAAAGAUGAGGACGUGGCCUUCUCCGAGCUGCCUCUGGUGCAGCUGCGAGGGCUGGGGAAGCCCGUGAGUGUAGCUAAAGGGGAAGGAGCUAGUGGCAAGAGGUGGCGGCUGAAGCUUGCCUUCUCCCAGCCCUCUGCAGACUACCUGGAUUUCAAGGCCCAGCUGCAGCAGAACCUGGUGCGCUUGGAGAACUGCUCGGUCAAUGAGCGACUGCUCAGUGGCACGGUCAAGGUACGUAACAUCAGCUUUGAGAAGGCUGUAAACAUUCGCAUCACCUUUGACUCCUGGCGCAGCUUCUGUGAUGUCCCCUGCUCCUACCUGCAGCAGCAUUAUGGUGGCACCGACACGGACACCUUUGCUUUUGAGAUCCUGCUUCCUGAUGACCUAGAUCCCCGUGAACGUCUGGAGUUCUGUGUCUCCUAUACUCCUGGGGGGUCCAGGACCACCCUCUGGGACAACAACCAUGGCCGCAACUUCAGGAUCCUCAUCUUCACCAAUCCUGAGCCAGUCUCCCUCCCCAGACAGCACAGGCGUUCCUUCACCCCUCCUCCCCAGCGCCGUAGCCUGUGGCUCAAUCCUGAGGGCAAGCUGUCCAAGCUUGAGCCCCUGGGCAGCCCCCGUGCAGCCACUACUGAUUUCUUAUUCUCGCAGUUUCAGGGCUGGGGGAGAUUAGAGAGCACAUCCUGCUACUGGUGAGCAAGUGGUGAAACUGUUUCCCCCAUCUUAUCCAAAUGGCUUAAAAAAAAAAUAAAGGACUAUAGACUCAGUUACUCAUGGCAGACUGACUUGAGUCCUUCCUUAUGAAAGGGAGGAGUGAAGGGACUCCUUGCCUUCUUGAUUUGCCAUUGUUUCAGUACGUUCUUACCUCUGAAUACAAGCAGAUUUACCUUACAACUUGACUCUUUGUGUACUACAUGGAUGGACUGUGACGAGAGCCACCUUCUUAUCCAGGUUUAAAUGGAGUGUGGAGGAAUGGCUUGGAAGUUGGAAUUCUGUGUCCCGUCCUGAUGCGAGCUCUUUUGAAAACUGAAGAAACAUGAUUACUAUGCAUCCUUGCUUUACUGAAAACUCUUCUGAUUCAAACUGGAGGACAAACAUGCUCUUUGCUUCCUAUGAAAUUAGUCGACUGGAAUUUUGCAGUGGUAUUCAGUACAUUUAUGCAUUACGUUAAAAAAAAAAAAGCUUUAUUGUCCAGUGCUUCAAGGAUCCAUCGGUUGUCUUCCUGACUGUUUUUUGUAGAAAUGGAAAACCUGUACUACAUAGUUCUAAUUGUAUAUUAAUAUAUACUAGUUUGAUUGUGAAGUGGGUGCUCCAGUGUCAGGGUUCAGGAGUCCUAGGUAAACCUCUUCAAGUUAAGUGCACAUCCUAAAAUGUAUCUCUCUUUCUAAAAACAGCUACCUAACUUAUACCUACCUCUGCAACACAAUGAGCCCCCCCCCCCUUUCCAAGAGGCUGUUUUGUGAUGAACAUGGGUGUGACUGGUGAAGAGUCCUUAUGUAACAUUUUAACUUGAAUGACGUUCUCUUUUUACAUACUGUAUAAGUCCCUGACCGUUAUCAGCCAAAGUCUAUUGCAGUGUUCAUGACUCACUUUGCACUAAUUAUGGGUUAAAAAAAGUUAUAUAAUGUGGAAAAGGUGUAGCUCAAAAGCUUAUUUUUGACAGUUUCCAAUGGCAGGAGAUCAGAAAAUUUGUCCCCACUUAAUUCAAAAUACUGUGGUGUUUGUCCGCUGCAUCCAUAAGGCACUCAUUUCAGAUGGACACAGCCUUUAAUUUUAGCACUAACUGCUUCCAUCAUUACUUAAUGUUAAGAGUGCAACCUGUUCACUGCCUGUGAUCACCUGAUAAAAUGAUUAGAAUUGUCUAUUAGGUUUGUCACACUGUUUUCACAUGCUGUUGUGUUUUUUUUUUUGUUUUUUUUUUAAGGUGUUGUGGACACAUCUGGUGUCACAAGACUUAGUUUGAUGCUCUUUCUUUCCCCCUCAUAGGGGAUGUAGUGAAAGGUUUAUACCUGCUAUGCAGACUGUGUGUGUGAUUGAAUGAUGGCAUAUCAGGAGUUGGAUGAUGAUGAUAAUUUGCUGCCUUUUGUAAAUAAAGUGGUUUAAAAAUGCA